AACAACAACAACACAAACCUGUUUUUCCUUUCUCUUGUCUUUUUCUUUCUCUCCAAUACUCACACUUCCUCGUGCUUCAUUCUAGUACAAGUAUACCCAAACUCAAUCACAACCACAUUUUCUUCAUCUCUUCUUAUCUAUAUAACCAUUUACAAUCUCCAUCACUUUUUCAUCAUCAUCAUCAUCGAAAAAAAUCUUCAAUCUUUCUUCCAUUUCAGAACUUGGGUGGGUCAUCAGUUUAUUCAUCAAAAUUUGAAUGUUUGGGUAUUCACCCUGUGUUGACGCGUUGUAGACAUCACGGCUUUUCUUAGAGUUUAUCGCUCUCUUUCUCAUGCCCGCACUUGUCGACGUAAGGGUUCUUCUUUAACUCCUACUAACCCUUCGCCGCACGGUGGUCGUGGUGCUCUGCCUUCUGAAGGUGGUAGCCCCUCCGAUCUCCUCUUCCUUGCUGGUGGUGGUGCUUUCCUUGCUUCCAUCUCUUCUCCCUCUUUCUUCUAAUUUCUCUCUUUAGCUUUUAACUUUCUUUCUCUUAGAUUCUUAUUUGUAAGAUUUCCUUGAAGGUACCUCUUUUUCCUCUCGUUGUUGUUGUUGUUGAAUCUUAAAAGACAAAAAAAAAGUUUUUUUUUUUUGUGUUUGUUUGGUGAAAAUGAUGCUGAAAAUCAAAAGGGUUCCUACGGUUGUUUCGAAUUAUCAAAAAGAGGAGGGUUCUGAGGCUCCUCGUACUGUCGGAGGUUGUGGUCGGAAUUGCCUCAAAGCUUGUUGUAUUCAAGAUGCAAAGCUUCCUUUGUAUGCUUUUAAGAAGAUUAACAAAGUUGGUGGAAAGGAUUUGGUGGUUGAGAAGUGCCAAGAGGAGCUUCCUUUGGCCUUUUUGGACUCACUUGUUCUUGGAGAGUGGGAAGAUCGCGUGCAAAGAGGACUUUUUCGUUAUGAUGUUACCGCCUGUGAAACCAAGGUGAUUCCGGGUGAGUGUGGUUUCAUUGCUCAGCUCAACGAGGGUCGUCACCUCAAGAAGAGACCAACCGAGUUUAGAGUCGAUAAGGUUCUUCAGCCUUUUGACGGAAACAAGUUCAACUUCACUAAAGUUGGACAAGAGGAGGUUCUGUUUCAAUUUGAAGCUAGUGAAGACGGUGAAGUCCAGUUCCAUCCAAAUGCUCCGGUUGAUGUUGAGAAUUCUCCAAGUUUCGUUGCCAUCAACGUUAGUCCUAUUGAGUAUGGGCAUGUUUUGCUGAUUCCUCGCAUUUUCGAGUGUUUGCCUCAAAGGAUUGACCAUGAAAGCUUACUGCUUGCGCUUCACAUGGCAGCUGAAGCUGCUAAUCCAUAUUUCCGUUUGGGUUACAACAGCCUCGGUGCGUUUGCAACUAUUAACCAUCUUCACUUCCAGGCUUAUUAUUUGGCUAUGCCGUUUCCUAUCGAAAAAGCUCCCACUAAGAAAAUUGCAACUUUGAACGGCGGAGUGAAGAUGUCUGAAUUGCUGAAAUAUCCGGUUCGAGGUCUUGUCUUCGAGGGCGGCGACACACUUGAAGAUUUAUCAAAAGUUGUUUCAGAUGCCUGUAUCUCCCUACAAAACAACAACAUACCUUACAAUGUUCUGAUUUCUGACUGCGGAACACAAGUGUUUCUCUUACCACAGUGUUAUGCAGAGAAACAAGCUCUAGGAGAAGUGAAUGCUGAGCUUCUCGACACACAAGUGAACCCUGCGGUAUGGGAGAUUAGCGGCCACAUGGUUUUGAAGCGGAAAAAGGAUUUCGACGAGGCGUCUGAAGCCAACGCUUGGAGGCUUCUUGCUGAGGUUUCACUCUCCGAAGCGAGGUUUCAUGAAGUCAACGCUCUCAUCUUUGAAGCAAUUGCCUUAACUGAAGAAUCAGAUGACAACAACCUUCAGUGUCUCCCUAAAGACGACGCAGUCGACGACACAAGCACAUACCCUACCGUGGUGGCUGGUUCAAAAGAAUGUGUUGUUUUACAGUAACAACAACAAUGUUCUAAGUGAAUAAAUUCAGCAAUUGUGUGGUGAAAAUUUGCUGAAUUAUGUCUAGUUGAAAUAAGUACCUUCAAUGGUAACACUUGUGAUGUUCUUGAACUAUGUUAUGCCUAAUGUUUGUGUUUUGUAUAAUAAGUUAAUAACUAUUGUACUUUAUGUUAUGGCUUUCAUCUUUCACCUUGCUAGAAAUAACAACUUCAUGUAACUCCAUUGCAUCGUAUUUCUAGAUGCGUAUUUGUAAUAAAUGAAUAUUUACUUAUAA